GCAGCGCGCACCAGACAGUAGUUGCUGCUAAAACACGCCAGAGACGCUGCACCUCCACUCACCAGUCCGUCAAGCUCCUGAAGUUUGCGGAUGACACCACCCUCAUUGGACUGAUCUCUAGUGGGGAUGAGUCCGCCUACAGGUGGGAGUCUUACCACCUGUUGACAUGGUGCAGCCAACCUGGAGGUCAACGCCCUGAAGACAGUGGAGAUGGUUGUGGACUUCAGGAAGUACGCAGCUCCACCUUCCCCCCUCACCCUGUGUGACUCCCCUGUCACCACUGUGGACUCCUUCCGUUUCCUGGACCUGGGAGCUGAAAAAAGGCCUAGCAGAGGUUGCUCUUCCUGAGGCAGCUGAAGAAAUUCAACCUGCCAAAGUCGAUGAUGGUGCACUACUACACGGCCAUCAUCAAGUCCAUCCUCUGCUGGUCCAUCACCGUGUGGUACGCUGCAGCCACAGCCAAAGACAAGGGCAGGUUGCAGCGUGUCAUCGCCUCUGCAGAGAGGGUGAUUGGCUGCAAUCUGCCGUCUCUCCACAACUUGUUCGCUUCCGGGACUCUGAAGCGGGCUAGAAAGAUUGUACCUGACCCCUCUCGCCCCGGACAUCCGGCAGGUGGCUGCCAUCAGGACUACGACCUCCCACCACACUAAGAGUUUCUUCCCUUUGGCAGUCGGGCUCAUCAACAGAGCCCGGGCCCUCCCCUGACUGACUCUCACUCCAUGUACAUUUGUCACUUUCACUCGUCACUUUCACUUUAUCUUUAUUUCUAUUUUUUAUUUUAUCUUUGUUUCUCAACUUACUAACCCAUAGCUUUACCUUACUAACCCAUAGCAUAUAUUUUAUUAUAUUUUUAAUCUUAUUCCUACACUACGUUGUCUGUUGGCUGUCAUGCACCAACCGCCAAGUCAAAUUCCAUGAAUGUCUGACAUGUGAUGGCAAUAAAGGAUUCCUUAUUUCUGAUUCCUGAUUCUUGAUGAAAUGACACCGCAAUCCAAAAUGCAAAUGUCAUGUAGCCCAACCCCCCAAUGCAUCCAAGAAGAGUAUAAAGAUACGCGGAGGUUCUUGUCUUGUUCAGUUGGGAGGGUCACAGCAACGGACCGGAGGCUUUCAUACUUGGUAGAUACCUUGAGCUUUGAGUGUAAAUGUGAAAUUAUGUUCAUAUAUUGUAUGCUGAUUGUUGUGUGAAUACUGAUAUCUACAUCGUCAUACGAUUUCACAGGUGACUAAGAAGACAGGUAUCUGUGUCAUUUAUGAGCCAUAGAAGCAUUGUUAUAGAUCAGAAUCCAUUUGGCUUUGUUACUCUUUGACCAGUGUGGUGGAACACAGUGUGCUGCUGGUACGAAAAGAUCAUUGUUUAGAUUUAUCUCACAUUAAGACUGCAAAACAUUUCAAUGCACGUAGAAUAUUAAGUUGAGGCAUUACUCAAAACGGUAACAGAUAACACUAUUACUGAGCCAGCUUUACUGAUAAAUCCUCUAUGACUCACUUUGUUGCAUGCAUAGUGCUCAUCAAAGAAAUGGAGAACUCCACUGAGGUUGUGUCUUUUGUGCUGUCUGCCUAUGGUAACAUUGGAAACUUAAAAUACUUGUACUUCAUAAUUAUACUAUUAUGGUACAGCUCCAUUUGUGCAACAAACACAAUUCUUAUUGUGGUCAUAUAUAUGGACAGAAGAUUGCAUGAGCCAAUGUAUAUAUUAUUAUGUCAUUUGUUUAUGAAUGAAAUAAGUACAAGUAUGUCACUAUAUCCUCUUCUGCUCUCACAGAUGUUUUCAGAUACACAUGAAGUGACAUUGCCAUGGUGUUUUCUGCAGAUGUUUUGUAUCUACACAUGUAGUUGUGUUGAGUUAUGCAGUUUAACAGCUAUGGCCUAUGACAGAUAUGUCUGUAUCUGUUAUCCUUUACACUACAAUGUUUUCAUGAGCAACAGGAGAGUAGGUAAGAUCAUUCUGCUUGUUUGGAUGUAUUCAUUCACCAGCUAUAUGUUCUCAUUUUCAUUUGUAAUCCCUUUGACAUUUUGUGGAAAUGUCAUUGACAAAGUGUUUUGUGACCAACAGUUAGUAAUUAAACUUGCAUGUUCAGUCUCACUAUUUACCAGCAUAUCUGACCUGCUUUUCUGCUUCAUCAGUGUGGUUGUUCCAUUAAGUCUCAUUUCAGUCUCUUACGUGAAGAUUUUGUUGGUUUGUCUAAACGGGUCCAGAGAAAGCAAACAAAAAGUCAUAACAACCUGCACACCUCAGAUUGUCUCACUGUCAAACAUUUUUGUCGGAGCCAUUUUUUAUUACGUGGAGUCCAGGUUUGAUGGGGCCUAUGCAACAGAUGAAGUGCACAUUAUUUCAUCCAUAUAUCUUCAAGUACUUCAACCCAUGAUCACUCCCUUUAUGUACGGAUUUUACCUACCCAAAAUAAGACAAUCAUGUAAGAGACUUCUGUUCAAUGGAAAAUAAAUAUUUUGGGUCUUACCGUAAUUAGAAUUAUUUUCUUUACCAUAAAACAAACAGAAUGUCAAUGUAGCAGGAAGAUUGAUAUGAAGUUAUUGUAACAGCA